CAGGACACGGGGUUGUUGUCGAUCAAAAGGACUCAGUAUUUGACUCAUUGAAUGGAAACGGCAGAAACGUGGCGAGAUUAGUGCUUGGGUGGUUCCUCACAAAGAUGAAAGUGGUGGUUCUCAGCAGUUGCCUCUUGGCCGUGGCCUUGGCUGCUCCGGUGUGGAAAGCCAGAAGUUGGAAUAGUGGCAGCAACGAGCGAUACAGUCGUUACUUUCAACCUUUUUACCCAUCUUAUUACCCCUUUUCACCAUACCAUAGAUUUCCCUUCUACCGACACCCCAAAUUUCCUUACUUUCCUGGAUUCAUCUAUCCUGGCUAUGGACAGGUACCUGUAUUUAACGAUUUUGAAAGACAUGUCAAUCCUGGGGCAUCAAAUGUGAAAGAGAACGAUGUGGAAGAAAGUGCCCCAGAGGAAUAUUCCAUGGUCAAUGGAGCUAGUAUCAGCUCUGAAGUUUCCCUUGAGGACUCCAGCAGUGUUGAGGAUGAUUACAGGAUGACCUUUGUGAAUGUGCCAAGUGAGUUACCAGAUGACAGGUAUCCUGGUGUGCCAGAUUACACAUACCCUGGGGUGCCAGAUUAUGAGGGUCCCGUAACACCUGAUGAAGAGUUCCCCAGAGUGCCAGAUUACGAGGAGCCUUUCAUACCAGGAGUCGAUACAGGAGUGGAUGUUGACUUUCACCAGCAAAGCUCCAAGGACACAGAAGGUGUAGAGGAGCCCACCGGUGUUCUACCGUACUCAGACUCCUUGCAGAAUUUUGAUUCACUCGGAUUAACCCGGGAAGAUAAUGAGAUGGUUGUAGGCAGUAAUGAGGAUGAUGGUCAUCAUGAAGCAGUCCGUGAACCCACAGAAAAGGAUGCUGAUCAAGGGGAAAGCUUGAAUAGCCAGGAAUAUGUGGAGCAGCAAAGGACUAAUGAAGACUUGGCCGAGGAACCACAAUCCCAUGAGGAUGUUGAUGCCAAUCUAAGGGAUACGGAUUUUACCCCCCAUAAUAAUGAUGAAGAUGGUGACAGUUAUGAAGGUGAUGAUAAUUAUGAUGAUGAUUAUGGUUUUGCUGACAAUAACCAAAAUCACAGUGAUGGAACUGAAUCUGAAUUCAACGAACCAGAUUCCAAUCAGAAAAUUUCAUCAGAUUCAGAUGAGACUGACUUCAAUGCCGGUGGAAUUGAGUUCAAUGAGAACAACAGUGAUGAUGAGGAUUCCAGUGAGGAUGUCACCAGCAAGGGCACUGCUGAAGAUGACAGUGUACUUGACGACUACAGCGAAGCCAACUUUUUCUUCUAAUGUGCUGAUGGACGUGCCAAAGAUGUUGGAUUAAAGUGAUUCUUUAUACCUUUUACAAUCUUUGAACAGUAAAAUGGAACUGAUGGACAGAAUGUGUUAAUUUCAUCAUUGGAGAUGUUAAACAUGCAAAUUAUGGACUUUUUGCUUAACUAAACUCACUUCAUUCGGGGGGGGGGGUAAGGUUUUCUGACAUUAUAUAGAAUAUAUAUUUCACACUAUUGGCCAAACCAUCAGGGAUCUUUACCCUAAGCUGAUGAUACAUCUAGAAGAAUCUAAACAACUGUGUACUAUAAAGCAAUCUCUUUUCAAGCUAUUUGUUCUUGGUACAUGGGCAUUGAUUGCAAGAUCCAUAUUAUCCCCCCAUCCCCAAAAAACCAUUGAAAAGGUAAUGGAGAACCACUGGAGACACAUGUAGUGAAGGUGUUAGCUUUAGGAAGGGAGUCUCCGGAUUUAGACCUAGUUAUUACAAAGAGGCAAAUUCGUACUUCUGAACUAGGAUGGUGUUCGAUUUGGAGGGUUAUAGUGCUCUCAUGACCCAGUUACCCCUAUCCUCCUUUGGUCCUUAGCGGUUGAGUUGCAGGUUUGGAAGGUGCUGCCAAAGACUCUUGGCAAGUUGCUACAUUUACAUUCAUCGUUCCUUUGGCACGUCCCUUUCGGGAAGUUCCUGUACUGAUUCAUUAGAGAUCAAGGGAUCUAAAUAUUUUUAUUCGACACAGCGAUGCUGCAUUUAUCUGUACAUGUUUUUAUUUUUUAUUUAUAUGUAUAUGUGAGGGAGAAAGGGUUUUAAGCAGUCAUUCCUAUAUUGAAUUCGGUUGUGCAAAUUGGUUGUGUUGGCUGUUUUUAAAUCUAUUUGAAAAACUGCUCAA